AUUAUACUAAUUUUGUGUACAAUGGGUGACGCAUAUUCAUAGAACACUGUAGUAAUACCGAGAUACGCUGUGUUUCAUGUAUAUUACAUCCGUAUUAGCAUUCUCGAUAUUUCAGUAAUUGUUGAUUAAUUUACAAUAGUGGGAAUUUCAUACAACAAUAUGUUCGCGAAGAAAGAGAAACCAAAACGCCAAACAAGAACUGCUGCUAGCCUUGCACAGUACGGAAUCUUCGAGGUUCCAGAAAGUUUAAACGAUUUAGGCAAUAAUUUUAUGAAAGAUGACGACAAUGAUGAUGAUUUAGAAGCUGAAUUAGCUGCGUUGACAGCUAGUGAUAACGUUGGUCAAAAUCCAAGACGCAAAGCACCCCGCAAACCAGUUUCUGAUACAAAUUUGGAUGCAAUGGUAGCCGAAAGUAUGAGAGAUAUUCAAGACGAAGAUAUAUCUGAUGAAGAUGAUGAUCCAGAAUUAUUGAGUGAACUUAGGAUGAUCACAGGCGAAGACUCUUCUGAAAAGGUCUUGCCAGAAAAAGAAGAAAACUUAUUAACAAAAAAUGCAGAUUUGUCUGAAGCAAAGGAAGAUGAUUUGCCUACAGAAAAUAUGAUAAAACUGUUGCAAGAAAGGUUAAAACUCUAUCAAAUUGCAGAGAACAAAGCGAAACAAGAAAAUGAAUUAGGCCGUGCAAGAAGAUUUAAUAGAGGCAUUAAAACACUUAAAGAGUUAUUAAAUGAUGCUCAGUCAGGAAAAACUAUUAACGAAGCUGAUAUUCCACCACAAUUAUCACCAUCGGCUACUACAGAAGUAACAGAAAAAGUAUCAGAAAUGAACAGAGAAGAAUCAACAGACCAUGCUGGUGCUUUGGCAGAAGUUGCAAUACCGCCUGCAGAAAACAAUACAUCAUCAGAAUUAGUUUCAACGAACGUUAUAGGUGAAGAAACAUUGAACUUAUUGAAGAGUAGACAGCAGGAAUACAAAGCAGCAGCAUUAGCAUGGAAAAGGAAUAAAAAUAUGAAAGAGGCGCUCCAUUGUGUAAAAAUUAUAAAACAGUUUGAUGUGAUGAUUGCUGCGAUAAAUGCAGGUCAAACAAUUGACUUAUCAGAAAUGCCACCAUCUCCAAAUACUCCUGGAUCUAAUACUGCUCUUAUAACAGAACCUAAGCAGGCCCUAAUUACUGCUUUAUGGUAUUUUGACAUAGCAGAAACAAGACAGGCUGGGCCAGAAAACAUAGAACUUGCUUUGAAAGAACGUCUUGAAGUGUAUAGAAGAACAAAGACAGUUGCAGAAACCGAAGGAAAUUCUUCUAAAACUCGAAGAUAUGGUCGUAUUUGCAAGCAGUUUGAAGAUGCCCUCAAGUUAUACGCUUCUGGAAAAUCUAUUCCUCUUGAUGAAUUACCUGUUCCACCUGGAUUUCCACCACUUGUAACUGUUUCUGCACCGGAAGAACAGACAAGUGAAAAACAACCAGCUCCACAACCUGAACUUUCUGAAGAUAAAAAUACUUCAAGUCCAAAAAGUCCAGUUGUUCCUUCGGAAAUACAAACAAGGAGAAAACAAAAUCAAAAAGUGUCACGCGCGGAGAAACAACUAUCUUUAUUACAACAACGUCAGCAUGAAUUGAAACAGGCUGCUUUUAAUGCAAAAAGAGAUGGAGAUUUAGAAUUAGCAAGGAGUUAUUUAAAACAAGCGAAAGGAAUAGAUCCAUUGAUUGCAGCUACCAUGGGUGGCUUACCAGUUGAUAUGAAUUCUAUUCCACUAUCUCCUCUUGCAAAAGUAGAGCUCAAUGCAAGUGGCCAAGUUGGUGAUGAUUUUACACUAGUAAAUAGCAUUGAUUGUUUAGAAGAAGCAACGGGAACAGAUGAACAGAUUUAUGAAAAUCUCGAGUCUCAGUUAAUAAAACAAUUUAAAUGGUGUUUAUGUACAAGAGAUCAUUCGAAAGCAUUAGGUGAUGUACCUGGAUAUAACAGAUGGGAAAGACUUGCAUUAGGUUAUAAACGAGAUUUGGAUAUGUUGAGAGUUCGAAAACGUGAUCUACUGCCACCACCACAACAUCAUUAUGAGACAAAAACUUAUGCUAUAGUUCAGAGCUGUACAGACUUAGGUGAAGGUGAUAUAGAAAUUUCGAUAAUAAGGGGAGUCAAUUUUUUAAAGGAAGACACGUAUGUCAUGUUUGAAUUCCCUUAUCCUUCGGAUACUCCUCCGUCAGAUAGGACGCCCACCGUCAAAGGAACCUUAAAUCCAGAAUAUCAGUCAGUGUUUCCAUUAACUGGAAUAAUAGAUCGUACGUCAAGGCAGUGCCAACGAACAUUCAAAAGACAUGCAUUGAAAUGUCAAGUCUGGGCAAAAGGAUGCUCACUGAAUCCUCUCCUGUGUUGCACACAUCCAAGAGGAUUUUUUAGAAGCGAUAGUCUGUUAGGUACAGUAACUGUUAAAUUGCAGCCUCUGGAAACUCAGUGCAUACUUCAUGAUUCGUUUCCCUUAAUGGAUGGAAGAAAACGAACAGGUGGAAAGCUUGAGCUAAAAAUACGUUUGAGAAAUCCGAUUCUUACAAAGCAGAUAGAACAAAAUACGGACAGGUGGUUAAUCAUUGACCAUUGACGUAGCGCUUUUACAAUCACGAUUUUAUAUUUAAUACCUGGAAAAUGUAAUUUGCUGAUUAUGAAACGAUAGGAAAAAUAUUAUUUGCCUUAUUGGUAGAUAUUCAAUUUGAUGUGAAUAUGUAUAUUUGUGAAAUAAUUUGUACAUUUUAAUGUGAAUGUGAUUCAUGUGCAAAUAUAUGAGUACACAUGAUAUGUGCAUAAAAUAUUUACAUAUGUGUAAUCUAAUACACAAAUAUUACGAUAUAUUACAUACAAAAUUUUGUUACACAAAUGUGAUAU